AUGGAAAAGAACCAACUGAAACGCAAGCGAACUAAACUCCGAUGUCUGGUUUGCCAGCAAACGUUUGAUGACGAUUAUCGAAAAGAACAUAACAAAAAGUACCAUGCAAAUUUGCUAAAGGUGGGAACAUCUAUUGCGUACGAGACUGUUGGAGCGCCAGCGAACCCAUUCGUUUGUUCACAAAAACACAAAAAGGUGAGUAAUAAUUACCUCUGUUUAAAAAGAUAUGGCAAAUAUUCAUAUAUAAACGGAAUGCAGUUCGCUAUUCGCAUCCGUCCUAGUAACAUAAAUCACAUAUUCAUGGUUCAUUAGGUGUCUACAGAAUCUGUGGUUACUGGUGUUUUGAAAGCUGGACCUUCUCAUGUAACUGAAGACAAUGAAGAGUCAAGUCAGAACACCCAAGGCCCAUCCCAUCUUACCAUCAGUGUAAACAGUGAAAAUCCAGAACUUGUUUGUACGGUUCAAGAAGAAGACGUGCAGCACGAAGAUGAAAAUACACCACCGCAUGGCAAUGAAGAAGUUGAAGAACAGAGAACGGUAAUUUAACAUUUUUGUUGCGUGUGCUUUAAUCAAAAAGGCUUCCUAAGCUAUAUAAAGGAAUUAGAUAGCAGUUAACCCAUAAUAGUAAUUUCUUAUUGUUAAACUUUGCAGAUGCCCGAAAAUCAGGAAAUUGGAGAAAAAGAAAGUGAAGAACUUCAAAGUGAUCAGGACGAAUCAACAGAAUCGGAAACGUGGAUAUCCUGUGCAGGUCACCUUCAAUAUCUUAAGUCGCAACUACGUGUAAGUGAAGAAAUUGCCAAUGAAAUUGAAUCCGCUGAAAAUGUCAAUGAAGAAUAUUUCUUGAUCAGAAUAAAAAGAAUUCACGAAGCAGGUAAAAGAAUCCUCAAGCCAUCUCCUGAAGCUAUCAUCCAAGGUCCUGGAAAAACUCGAAAGUUCAAAGGAUAACCUUGACGAGUCUAACGAGGACACCGCCUUGCCAUUGCUUGAUCCUGGAGAAAGAUCGACCAACUUGACAGAAAACCAGAAGAAGUAUCUUAUCAGAGUUGGACCACAUCAACCGAUCCUGCAACAAUAUCCAAGUACUACCAGGGUUACAAAUGAAAGUCACAAGCAUUUGCACUUCAAUCCAGCAUGGUUUAAAGAAUAUCCUCACCUUGAGUACAGCCUGUCAAAGGACGCUGCUUUCUGUUUCGUUUGCUCUUUGUUUGGUAAUAGUCCUGGCACGGAAAAGGCAGACAACGCAUGGGUCAAAGAAGGCGUUCGAUCGUGGCACAAGUUUAAAAGUUGUGGUACAAAGAAACCAGGAAAACUCGCAAAGCAUUUUUCGUCCCAGGCCCACAAUAGUGCACUCCUUUCCUAUGCUCACUUCGCCAAAACAUCCGGACACAUUGAUGUCCUGUUGGAUAAAGCAAGGUGUUCCGCCCUCAUUCAAGAAGAAAAAGAUCUUCAGCAAAACAGGAGAGUAAUGGAGAUAUUGUUGGAUAUAACCAAAACCCUUGGACGUCAAGGGAUUGCAUUCCGGGUCAUGGGAGUGACGAUGACGGAAACUUCAAGCAAAUUGUAUAACUAG